AUGGAAUAAAAGGAGGAAUUCUUUGAAGAGUUUAUACAAAUUUAAAAUAUCAAUAUACCAAUUCCUAAAUCAGCAGUCACUAAAGAAAAUGAUAUCUAAAAAAUUUUAUUUUAUAUUGAUCUCACAAAUGAUAAAACAUAUUCAAUGAUUUUUUCUAAACUAUCAACUUAACAAUGUUUAGACAGACAUUGGUAGGGUGGAUUUUUAAGCGAAUUUCUAAUAAAUAAUGGAGAAAAUAAAUAAUCUAUUUUCUGCUAUUACUUUAAUAAGUUAAUUGAAUAAAACGAACAAAUCAAUAAAUAGUAAUUGUUUAGAUUUAGAAUAUUUUUAUAGGAUUUCAUUUCCAUUUAACAAAACUAUUAGAUAAAGUUUGUAUUUCAUUUUAGACAACAAUAACUUAAUUAAAAUGAUUUUGAAGAUUAUAUAAAAAAGUUUGUUUAUUAAAUUCUUGAAGGAUCUUUCGAUACGCUAUUUGAUAUCAUUUGUGUAUAUAAUAAGUAGGAUGUCUAGAAAAUCAAUUAUUGUAAAAUUUCAUAUAAAAAAAUACAUUUUAAAAAAACCAAAUAUUGCGAUAGAAUUGACUCUAAAUUUAUUGACACUUUGGAUUCAUUUUUGAAUUACUUUUAAUUUCAAAAGAAUGAUCCCAAUAUAAUAGGAUAUAUAUGUUAAAAGUAUGUACAAGAUAGUGUAAAUGUAGUUUUAAAAGUAUUUGAAAAAGAACUUAUUUAACUUUAAAAAGACAUAUCCUUAAUGAUUGAAUUUCCAGUGAAUCUGAAUAAUGAAAUAGAAAAAAAUUAAAAUGUUAAGUAAUAUUUGGAAAGUUUGAAGAAUAUUAUUGGUGAAAUUUAUUUUAUAUUUAAAGAUAUUUAUGAGUUUGAUGAAAAGGCAAAACAAAUUCAUAUUGUUUUAAAUAAAUAUAGAAAUUAAUUGGUAAAAUAUUUGAGUGAUAUUGUUAACGAAAAUAGUGAAUUUUAAAAAUACCUAAAAUUAAUUUAAAAAGAUAAAUCCCCUGAUGAUGUUUUUAAUUAAUUACUUCAAUUUAAAUUUGAAUUAGUUGGAUCUGAUAAUGAAAUUUUACAAAAAUUUAAAAAGUAUAAUUAUAAUUAAGAUUCUAUAAAUGCAACUUUGGGCAGGGUUAUUAUUGAUACAAAUUUUUGGUUCAAGUAAUUCAACUAAUAUCUUCCAUAAAGCUUGGCUUACCUGAAGAGAAUAAUAAUCCCUCAAAAUUAGAAUAUAAAUUAAGAUAAACCUCAUGUUUUUGUAUUAGGUAUGACAAAAGUUGGAAAAAGUACAUUAUUGAAUAUAUUAAAAAAUCCAGAGAAUAUUAUAGUUAAAGAGGAUAAGACCUUUUAUGUAAAAGAGAAAGAUAAUAAUAUUGUGAUAUCUGAUUCAAAUAAUAGUGAAACAUUUGUGUUGUAAAAUCUGGAGAUUGAUAAAUUUAUAUUUGUUGAUUCUCCUGGGUUACGAGAUACUUCUGUUCUAAAUAGAGUUAUAAAUCAUUACAAUAUCUUUAAUUACAUAAAUAAAGUAAGAUAAAAGAUUUUGUUAUUAAUGAUUGAUGGAGAAUAUCUUAUUAAAAAUAAAAAUGAUUUAAUAGAUUCAAUAGAAGCAAUCAAUUUGAUGUUAGGAAAAUAAAAUAAUGAUAAUGGUCUUGAAAAUGUUAUCCUUCCUGUAUUUACUAAAAUAAAAAAUGAUACUACUAUGGAGAAAAUUAUUAAUAAAUGGUAAAGUGAUACAAUGAAAGAUAUUAAAGACCAAUGUUAAUUAAACAUUUUGAACUUAAUUAAAAAAGCAAUUGAUUAAGGAAAUUAUUUUAAAAUUUACAUUGCAGAAAACUAUGAAAUUGAAUUUCAGAAAAAAUAAUUGGAUUUAGAGAUUAAUACUUUGAUGUAAAAACUUUUUGAAUUAGAUGAAGAGAAUUUGGAAGAAGUCAAAGCACUAAAAGCAUAAAUCAAACUAAAAAAAGAAGAGUUAAGCAAUUUAUAAAAAGGGAAUUUUUUAUAAAAAAUAAAACAGAUUAAGGAUAAUCUUUUAAGGAAAUGUGAUGAAAUAUUGAAAGCAAGAUAAAAUACUGGUUAAUCUUUAAAAUUACAAUUCGAUUUAACUCCUGAAUUGUGUCAUAGUUUGAAUAAGUUAUUAUCUCAUCGGAAACAGUUUUAUCAACAUAUCUUGAAUAUUAUAUACAGUGAUUUCAUUGUUAAGAUGCUUUAUGAUGAUACCGAAAGUAUAAAUGAUAAAUUUAAACCAAUUUGGGAUAUUUAUUUCAUGUAAUUAAAUAAACUCUCAGAUAUACCACAAAAUAUAAUUACUUAGGAUAUUUAGUAGUAUAUAGAAUAAUUGGAUACUUUUAAUAAGAUUAUAUCUUAAUUGGAUGAUAAAAAUUAAUACCUUUAAAAAGAUGAUUUUCAAUAAUUUAAAUAUCAAAUAGCCCUCCUUUUAUCUGCUUUUAUUUAAGUUGUGCCUAGUUAUAUCUUAAUGAAAAAUGAUGUAUAUAAUUUAUACUAGUAAACAAAAUAAAAGGCUAUAGUAACAAUACCCCUUAUUUUAAUAACAAGCAUAUAUAUUCCUUUUAUUUUAAUAUCUGGAACUAAUGAUAUAUUUACUAAUCACCUUUUUGUGUCAGAAAUAGAAAAAGUAAAAUUAGAGAAAUUAAAUUUGCUUUAGAUUUAGCAAGAGUUUUGGAAAGAUUUUUAGAAAAGUAAAUGA